UGUACGUGCCAGACGGCAGAUGAGGGUGGCCGAGGGACCCUUCCUCGCGCCGACUGCACCUCAGCGGGGCAUUCAUUCUCGGGAGCUUGAGAAGAAAGGUGUUCAAAGCUAAACGGUGAUAAAACAUGGCGUUGCGAGGAACACUGGCCAGACUGCCUGCUCUGAGGUCUUCGCUUGUGACCACAAGCCCAAGAAUCGUGGCGGUUCCUGCCAGGCAAACCCACAGCACGGAGGAUAGGCUCCAGGUAGCCCCUGCUGCUGGAGCGGUUGUGUGUAGCAGUGCCCUUCCGGUUGGAAAAUUGGGACUGAGAGAUCACCAUAUCAACAGGCUGGAGAAGUAUUUGCUAGUUUGGGGAGGGAAGUACAACAGCAUCACAGAUGUCCCUGACUUGGUGAGCCAAGACACCCUAGAACGCGCCCGUAACAAGGCAAGAAUCAAGAUCAACAUCUGGAUGGGCGUCGCCACCCUGCUCGGCUGUGUGUACAUGAUCUGGUCGGGCAAGAAGGCCCACCAGGAGGGCCAGUCUCUCCUGGCCAUGAACGCGGAGUGGCACAGGAGGUGA